AUGGCGUGGGCCGCGGUCGGGUUUCCAACAUCCACGUCCCGCGGCCACCUCAUCCUUCUCAAAAGGGGGUAUCACGGAGAGCGUAGCAAGCUCCUUGUCGUCGACGCCUUCACCGGCGCCGAGCGCCUCGCCGUCCCGCUGCCUGACGGCUUCGCUUACCACUACGCAUCCCUCACCCCAACCCACCUGCUGCUCUUCCACACCCGCGACCACAGAUUCGACUCACUCCGCUUCCCGACCCUAAACCCCGACCCUCAGUGGACGCCCCACCGCCUUCCCCGUGGCGCCUCCUUUCUCUCAACCGUGAUCGAAUUCCACGGCCGCGUCCUUGGCGUCACCCACCGAGCGGAGCUGCUGGAGUUUCGCCUCGAUGUCAAUGCUCCACGCCAUUCGUCCCAUGCGGUCCAGUUGCUGCCCACAACCGGCCUUCCGGACCCGGACGCCGCCGCCACAUUCGACCGUUUACGGUACGGACCCCGCCUAGUAGCCGCCGGCGAACGGCUGCUCCUCCUGCUGAUUAUGACGGAUCCCCCGACCCCCCUCGAGACCCGCACGGGCAUCGGGCCAAGAGUGCAGAAGGUGAGCGUGUACGCCCUCGACAUGGCGACGAUGACGUGGGAGGAGCUGGACAACAUCGGGGAGUACAGCUUGUUCGUGGACUGCCCCGGGAGAAGUGCAAUGGCAUGCGCCGAUGCGGCACGCUGCGGGGUGGUGGCCAACCGAGUCUACUUGCUCGUGUCGUCCAUGUAUUACGACUUUGGAAGACGGCCGCCCUUCCACGCGUUCGCACCAGGGUCCGGCCGCGACAAGUGCUACGAUUCGCCAUGGUCUGCGCUCAUCUCCCAUGACCGUGACUGGCCGCCGGCACACAUAUGGGUCUACCCGAGCCUCUUCUAUCAAUCAUGCGCAUCACUAUUUAUCAAAUCAGAUGAUACCUUAAACGUUGCCACAAGAACCGACUAUUGCAAUAUACUUUGA